GGGAGCUCCGGAGAGUUCUGAGAGGGGCAGCUGCUGGUCUCCCUGCUGACUGCGCCGGACAUUUCGAGAGAGUCGCCUUGGCACGCAGUGGUGAAACAGAGAGGAAGCAGGACUCACUGGAGACGCGCCACCUCCCAUGGGAUCAUCCUGGAGGCAUCCUUCUCAGGCUUCUGCAAUGCUGAAGGCACUCCUGCUCCUCCUCUACAUUUUGGUUGCAGGAAGCUCAGCGGCAGCCACUCAACGGCCCAGGAACUCAACCCUGCAUCGGCUGACCCGGCGGCUCUUGAAGAGCUACAACAAGGGAGUGAGGCCUGUCAGAAACUGGGCCGGUGCCACCACCGUCUACCUCGACCUCUUUGUCCAUGCGGUAUUGGACGUGGAUGCCCAGAACCAGAAGUUAACAACAAGCAUCUGGUAUCGACAGAUCUGGAGGGAUGAAUACCUCACUUGGAAUUCGAGUAGCUAUGAUGGGAUCCAAGAAAUCUCCUUGCCCAUCAACUCAAUCUGGGUUCCGGAUAUUAUCAUUGGGGAAUUCGUGGAUGCCAGCAGAUCCCCGGAUCUACCAUUUGUUUACGUGAAUGCCACUGGCCUGGUGAAGCACUACAAGCCUAUGCAGGUGGUCUCUGCAUGCAGCCUGCGAAUGUACGCCUUCCCAUUUGACACUCAGAACUGCAGCCUGACCUUCAGCAGUGCCCUGCAUACAGUCCAGGAUGUGGAUCUUGCCUUCCUGAGAAGCCACGAGAACAUCCAGAAUGACCAGCCACUGUUCCUGGACAAUGGAGAGUGGGAGCUGGUCUCUGUGCUCUCUGAGCAGCACAUCCUGCAAACACAAACUGGAGGCUUUGCCCAGAUUCAGUUUCAUAUCGUUAUCUGCAGGCGUCCCCUUCUCUACAUGACCAGUCUGCUGAUCCCCAGUAUAUUCUUGGUAGUUGUAGACCUUCUAAGCUUCUACCUGCCUCCAAACUCAGGCUCACGGAUAAGUUGCAAGACCAGCGUGUUGGUAGGGUACACGGUCUUCAAAGUCAACAUGGCAGAUCAACUGCCAGGCACAGCAGUUAGCACUCCUCUGAUCAGUGUCUUCUUCACCAUCUGCAUGGCUCUCUUGGUCCUCAGCCUGUCCAUGUCCAUAUUUCUCAUCAAGUUCCUCCACUUGCAUGAAGAUCAUAUCCGAGAUAAGUUCUUCACUUCUUGCUUGUGCACGAGCAUUGGUGAGCAGGGGCUGGAACAUCGCCAGGUUGCCAGGAAUGCUUUAGAAGCAGCUCACUGUAUUUCAGGGGCCUCACUGACAAGGGGAAGUGCAGUCAUAAAGGACCAAGAAGAAGCUGAGAGGACCAGCCCUCCAAUGCAGAAGAUCCUAAGAGAGCUCCUCCCCAUCACCUCCCACCUCCAUGCACUGGACGGAGCUGCCAAAGCAGAAGUUGCCUGGCUCACGCUGUCAUACAAACUGGACACGCUCCUCUUCGGGGCCUAUUUCCUAGUGCUGGCAGUGUAUGCAGCCACACUUGGUUCCCUCUGGGUAGCAUGGAGUGCUCAGUAAAGGCAGCUGGGGGAGGGCUAUCCCCACCGGGGUCAUUAGGACCCCUGGGCUCAGCGUUUCCAGCUGCACUGCUCUGUCCUCCCAGAUUCACCCAGAGACUGGUAGCACCAUUUAAAACCUUGCUGUCGCUCUGAGGACCAAUCUCUCUCCCUCUCAUCAUUUCCCCUCCCAGUUCUGUUUUUGUAGCACCAAGGAGAUGAAACUGGGUUGUGAAUGGGGAGGGGCUAUUCCAAAAUCCUGGAGCCACCACCAAAGGGGCCAAGUCUGCUGAAGAUGCCUGCAGAUUGGCAGUGCAGCGUGAAGGACCCCUCGCCCUCUGCAGAGGAAUGGAGGCGAUGGUCCGGUUUGCAUGGGAGGGAGCAGUUCUUGAUGGAGAGAACCUGAAAGCAACCGCUGCUGGACAGACAGAGGCUGGGCAACUGUUCUUCCAUCCAAGCAGCACCGUCCACACAGCUAAAUUUACUUUGCAAAACAGCCAGCCCAGAGAGACUCUUUUUACCUGCUGCUGCCUCCACUUGUGCUUAGCACUAAUUGCCCAUGAAAUGCUCCUAUAGCUGCUAAUGAAACCACAAGCACUAGGCACUUUUCAAAUCACCUCCUCCAAUGAGUCCCCCCCCCACCGCCUCCCAUCCCUCUCAUCUGAGCACCUCCAAGCUCACAAAAAGGAGGCCAGGAACCAGCCCCUCUGGCUCAGCGCUCAGCCUGGCAGUGCCGCCUCACCUGUCCCUUGUGCUUAACCUCCCAGAAUUCGCAAUGCCCAGAACAACCAGGAGCAUCCAGCUAUCUAGCUGAGAAGCACAUUUCUUCCCCCCACCAUCUUUUAGCAACGAACAUGCCUGUUGUCUGGAAUACUUCUCUUCUGCAAAGGGCUUCAGUGGGAUCUGCUAGCCAAUAAACAUUUCAGAGUCUUAAGAACUGAUGCUUUCAUUUUAAUAUUUUUUAAAAGAAGAGCAUGUUUCUUUAAACUCGGUUGAGAAACUAGCAGAUAAAGGCGUUUGCUCCUCAAGGGGUGCCAAAAGCACCAUCCUGAUGACUCUGUCCUCUUCAUACCAUCAGUUGUGUCUCCUCAUCCAGCCAUGUCAAAAGCCUCUCCUCCAAUACCCAUAAUCUGCUCCUUUCACCACAGUCUGAUCCGAAGGAAGGAAGGAAGGAAGGAAGGAAGGAAGGAAGGAAGGAAGGAAGGAAGGAAGGAAGGAAGGACUCAUGUUUUGAAUAUGAAAAACACACAGCCCCCCAAUCCAGAAGUUAGAGCUGCUCAGACCCCACUGAAAUCAGUCGGGCAAAUGACUGCAACUAACAACAGUCUCAUUGAUUUCAAACCAAGACUCUUAUUACUAUCAACUCAUAGCUAAUUUGUGCACAUGAUUGAUUUGUGUCAGCUUCUCGCUGCCAGGAAAUCAGAGCAGGAGGGAUCGUCACUCAAAUAACUUCUGCAUUAUCCAUGUGUAACCAUUGAAAGCAUCUCAAGUGUGGUCCUGGAAGAGGCCUCUCCAUCAACCCCAAAUGGAUUUGCAUGGAUCUCCUGAGUGAAAUUAGCCCUGGAGAGUGAUUAUGGGGUUUAGUAUGGCCCGUCUGCAGCACUGCUUGUAUCAGGUCUUAGACUGCAAGCGACGUCUUUGGUUCCCUUGGUAGAGACGGAGACUCAGGGCCCAACUCUUGGGAGAGGAGAGGCAGAAUUGAGAGCACCCCAGAAUAAAAUGGACAAGGAAGGAUUUAAAAGGACAGAAAGGCGAUGCCCACAGCUCAGUGGCCAAGUACACAGUUUGUACCUGCAUGCAGAAAAUCUCAGGUUCAGUCCCUGACAUCUCCAGUCAAAACGAUCAGGGAGUCGGUGAUGGGGAAGACCAGUGUCUGAGACCCUGAAGAGUUACUGCCAGUCAGGUUUGACAAUAUGGAGCAGAGGGACCGACGCUCUGACUCAGCAUAAGAGAGGAGGCAUUCUGGGAGGCAGUUCCAGGGAGAAAGGGAGAGAGGGGCUGCUUGGAGGAGCAGGAGACCUCACCGUCUCCUCAUUUCCAGAAGGGGGAAUGGUGUUGCUUCUCUCAGCCCUGCAAGGCAAGCUGCACCCACCCAAAUUCUCCCCGCUACCCAACUCUUAAGACUACAGAGGCACUGCCUUCGCUCUUUUGGCAAAGCUGAGUUGUUCGCUAAUUUUCUUUGAUGGAGAAGAGCUUAAAUGCCCACAAUCCUGCCUCUGCUGAAAUUGACAAUCAAACAAUGAAAUACAGCACAAUACUUUUGGACUUCCAUCCCACAAGCCAUCCAUUCAUCCCUUGGGUGUUAUUUAUUGGCCUUGUUCACUUCUAUUAUUAAGGAUGUGAAUACAACUGAAAUUUUUCUUAUCGCUGUAAUAAAUUCUGAUUUGCAAAGCGGCAUGGAAAUAAAUUUAGA